UGCGCGGGCCCAGCGAACAACGUGCCCUUUGCACUAAACAGCGCGCGGUAAUGGGUAGUGUGUGCAUGCACAUCUUUUAUUCAGUCCCGGUCCCGCUCGUUCGAUUCUGAGCUGUGUUGUUGGUAGCUGCGAAGGAGCGAAGGCCACUUUUAAGUUUUAUGAUCUUCUCUCAUGUCUUUUUGUGGCGGAUUUAAGAAAGUAUACAAGUAUUCUUCCACUGUUGAGGCAUAAAAGGGGAGAUGGCGUACAACUAUGUGGUUACGGCGCACAAACCAACAGCUGUCAAUGGCUGUGUCACAGGUAACUUCACUUGUGCUGAUGACCUGAACCUGAUCAUUGCUAAGAACACCCGGCUAGAGAUCUACGUAGUCACUCCUGAGGGACUCCGACCAAUCAAAGAGAUCGGCAUGUACGGACGCAUUGAGGUCAUGAAACUAUACAAACCACCAGGGUCGCCUAAAGCCUUGCUGUUUGUGUUGACAGCCAAGUAUAAUGCCUGUAUCUUAGAGUGUGUCAACGAGAAUGGAACAGAAGAAAUCAUCACCAAAGCACAAGGAAAUGUUCAGGACCGGAUUGGGAGACCAUCAGAGACUGGACCAAUAGGAAUCAUUGAUCCAGAAUGCCGUAUGAUUGGUUUGAGACUCUAUGACGGACUCUUCAAAAUCAUCCCUCUAGACAGAGAUAAUAAGGAACUCAAAGCAUUCAACAUUAGGCUUGAAGAACUGAAUGUUAUCGAUGUUCAGUUUCUGUAUGGGUGCCAUCAACCAACAAUCGUCUUCUUGCAUCAGGAUCCACACGGUAGGCAUGUGAAGACCUACGAGGUGAAUCUGAGGGAGAAAGAGUUCAACAGAGGUCCAUGGAAGCAAGAUAACGUUGAGACGGAAGCGACCAUGGUGAUUGCUGUACCACAACCCUAUGGGGGCGCCCUCAUCAUCGGCCAGGAAUCCAUCACAUACCACAAAGGAGAUAACUAUGUAGCUAUUGCACCACCCACUAUUAAGAAUAGCACACUUGUUUGUUAUGGUCGCCUUGACAACAAUGGAUCUCGUUACCUUCUCGGCGACCUGACAGGUCGUCUGUUCUUACUCCUCCUUGACAAGGAGGAAAGCAUGGACGGAGCAGCGACCGUUAAAGAUCUCAAGCUGGAGUUCUUGGGAGAGACAUCUAUAGCUGAAUGCCUGACGUACCUUGAUAAUGGAGUGGUCUUCAUUGGAUCUCGUCUGGGUGAUUCACAGCUGGUCCGGUUGAACACAGAAUCAGAUGAGAGUGGAUCCUAUGUCACUAUGAUGGAAACUUUCACCAAUCUAGGACCUAUCGUAGACAUGGCUGUAGUAGACCUAGAUAGACAAGGCCAGGGCCAGUUGGUAACCUGUUCAGGAGCGUACAAAGAGGGUUCACUUCGGAUCAUUAGAAAUGGAAUUGGAAUCCAUGAACAUGCCAGCAUUGAUCUACCGGGUAUCAAAGGUAUCUGGCCAUUGAAGGUGGAUAUGAACUCUCAAUUUGAUGAUACAUUGGUACUCUCUUUCGUUGGUCAGACCAGGGUGCUAAUGUUGAAUGGCGAGGAAGUAGAAGAAACAGAAUUACAGGGUUUUGAUGGCGAACGUCAAUCAUUCUACUGUGGUAAUGUCUCACACAAUCAAAUCAUUCAGAUCACUGGUGCGUCUGUGCGUCUGGUGAGUACACCUACCAAGCGCAUGGUGAGUGAGUGGCGCCCCCAAUCAGGCAAGAACAUCAGCGUAGCAUCGUGUAACAGCAAGCAGGUGGUGUGUGCUGCAGGCUCGGACAUCUUCUAUCUUGAGAUCUUUGAAGGAGAAGUAAGACAAGUUAGUACCGUGACCAUGGAGCAUGAGGUAGCGUGUUUGGACAUCACACCGUUGACCGGUGACUUCACUGACCUCUGUGCUGUAGGUCUAUGGACGGACAUCUCUGCACGUAUCCUCAAAAUACCCACCAUGGAAUCCAUGCAUGUGGAGCUACUAGGAGGAGAAAUCAUCCCUAGGUCGAUCUUAUUGACGACCUUUGAAGGUCAGAACUACAUCCUGUGUGCCCUCGGUGACGGAUCACUCUUCUACUUUCAGCUUAAUGCAGAGACAGGAUAUAUGACGGAUAGGAAGAAGGUGAUUCUUGGCACCCAACCAACCGUCUUGAAGACGUUUAAAUCUCUCUCAACGGUAAACGUGUUUGCCUGCUCGGACAGACCAACGGUGAUCUACUCCAGCAAUCACAAACUGGUUUUCUCCAAUGUCAAUCUAAAGGAGGUCAGCUACAUGUGUCCUCUCAAUUCUGAUGGAUACCCAGACAGCUUGGCUCUAUGCAAUGACACCACUCUGAUGAUCGGAAGCAUCGAUGAGAUUCAGAAGCUUCACAUCCGCACCGUGCCUCUGGGAGAGACGCCGCUGCGCAUCACGUAUCAGGAACCUUCACAGACCUUCGGGAUCAUCUCAACGAGGACCGAUGUGGUGGACUCCUCGGGUACAACGGCCUCCAUGGGCCAGACCAGACAGAGCGCUAGCACCAGUGCUCUUAACAUCACAAAGAGUGGAGGAAACAAAGGGAUGGCAGGCCAAGCUGGAGGCAGUGGGGAAGGUUCCUCAUUCGGAGAUGAAGUGGAAGUCCACUCACUGCUCGUCAUAGACCAACAUACUUUUGAAGUGCUCCACGCUCAUCACUUUGGUUCAUCUGAAUAUGCAACAAGUCUGAUCUCAUGUAAGCUGUGUAAUGAUCCCAACUGGUACUACAUUGUUGGUCUCGCUAACGUUCAUCCGGAUGAAGCCGAGCCGAAAAGUGGAAGGAUUGUCGUCUUCCAGUACAGUGAUGGUAAACUGCAAGAGAUUGCAGAAAAGGAGAUCAAAGGUGCACCAUACUCACUGGUAGAGUUUAAUGGUAAACUCCUUGCUUCAGUCAACAGUGUGGUUCGUUUGUUUGAGUGGACCCCCGAGCAUUCACUACGGGUUGAAUGCAGUCAUUACAACAAUGUACUAGCUCUGUAUCUCAAGACUAAAGGAGAUUUCAUUGUCGUUGGCGAUUUGAUGCGUUCUAUUACGUUACUUGCUUACAAACCUAUGGAAGGAUGCCUAGAAGAGAUCGCUAGAGACUAUAGCCCUAAUUGGAUGUCAGCUGUAGAGAUCUUGGAUGAUGAUACAUUCUUGGGAGCUGAAAACUCUUCAAACCUCUUCACAUGUCAGAAAGACAGUGCGGCAACAACAGAUGAAGAAAGACGACACCUACAGGAGGUUGGUCUGUUUCAUCUUGGGGAGUUUGUCAACGUGUUCCGCCAUGGAUCGCUAGUGAUGCAGAACAUCGGAGAGAGUACAAUACCUACAACCGGCAGUGUACUCUUUGGUACCGUCAGUGGCUCAGUAGGUCUAGUGACUCAGCUGAACGAGGAGUUUUACAGAUUUCUUCUUGAAGUACAGAACAAACUCACCAAGGUCAUCAAGAGCGUGGGAAAGAUCAAACACAGCUUCUGGAGGUCGUUCUACUCGGAGAGGAAGACAGAGCCGAUGGAUAACUUCAUCGAUGGUGAUCUCUUAGAAAGCUUCUUAGAUCUCAGUAGAGACACAAUGGAUGAGGUAGCCCAGGGAUUGCAGAUCGAUGAUGGAGGGAUGAAGAGAGACUGCAUGGCUAAUGAUCUCAUCAAGAUUGUUGAAGAACUUACCAGGAUUCACUGAGCUUAUGCGGAACAAGUACUACCUGCACAACCACCAGUAGAUACAUCGGCUAUUCACAUGGAUUGACUUGGACAUCGUGAAUUACCUACCCUGUGGGUACUAAUGAGAACAGAAAAAUAUCUCAUCUAACUGACAGGAUGUGGAGACUGUGUUCACAUAUAGAUCAAUAAUCAAGUAGUUAUGUAUUCACACACACUGAUCACCAUGUAAACAUGUGUUCACACACACUGAUCACCAUGUCAACAUGUGUUCACACACACUGAUCACCAUGUCAACAUGUGUUCACAGACUGAUCACCAUGUCGACAUGUGUUCAUACACAUUGAUCACCAUGUCAACAUGUGUUCACACACACUGAUCACCAUGUAAACAUGUGUUCACACACACUGAUCACUAUGUCAACAUGUGUUCACACAUACACUGAUCACUAUGUCAACAAGUGUUCACA